AUGGGCUGGAGCUCAGCCGUGGGGGUAAUGCAAGAAAUUGCCGAGGCCGUGCUCUUGAGUGGAGGUUUCUCCGAGGCUGCUCAAAUACAGAAAACCACUCCUUUGCCUAGCUGGAUGAUUAACUCGACUGCUGAAGGGGCUAGGCGCGGGCAACCAUGGUGGCACGUUUAUUUGGACAAUUUUGCUGGGGGAGCCAAAGUGAUUGAAGAGUCCUGCGAUGAACUUGUGUUGCUACAAGAACAGGCAGAAGCGCUUUGGGGAGACGCAGGUAUUGUGGUGUCCCCAGGGAAGUCCGUAAUUGGUGCCAAGAGUGGAGUGGAGUUAGGUGCUUUUGUAGGUGGCGCGGGUCAGUGGAUUGGAGCCAGUUGUGAGCGAAUGGUGAAGAUUGUCAAGAGCACUUUGUGGUUGCUGUCUCAGCCCCGGCUGUCAAAGAAGAAACUACAAGUGGUCAUGGGUCGCUGGUGUUUCGUGCUGCAGUUCAGAAGACCAGGCAUGUGUCUGUUUGACGAAGUGUGGAACUACAUCAGUGCCAAGGCGGCGGACGCCACCAUGAUAGAAAAAGUAAGAAUCGAGCUAAUGCUGGCUGUGUGUGGAUGCCCGCUCUUUCAUACUUGGCUAGGUGCUAAGGUCGAUGAGGUGACCACGUGCAGUGACGCAAGCCAGAAGGGCGGUGCUGUCGCUGUUUCCCGCCAGUUGUCCGCUGAAGGAAGAUCUUUCCUGGUGUCCCAAGAGAGGGGCAACACGCCUUUGGAAGUACCGGUAUUAGUCGUGUCCCUAUUCAACGGCAUUGGAGGGGCUGCGCGUUGCUAUGACAUUGCAGGUGUGAAGGUCCAGGCAUAUUUGGCAUGUGACAUUCACAAACCCGCAAACCGGACUAUGGCUCGACGUUGGCCGGGGACCAUUUUCUGGGAGGACGUGCGCACCCUCACUAAGGCUAAGUUGAUUGAACUGUUGGAGCAUGUUGAGGACUUCGAAGAAGUUCACUUGUGGGCUGGUUUCCCUUGCGUUGAUCUCAGCAGCGUACGUGCUAAUCGUUUGAAUCUGGACGGUAAGUCCAGUGGGUUGAUAAGGGAUGCCAUUCGUGUCUUUGCGGCAUGUCGUGAAAUUUUUCCAAGUAAGAAGAGUCACUUCUUUGUGGAGAAUGUCGCCAGCAUGGACCCCGAGGCAAGAGACCAGAUCAGCCGGAUGUUGAGAGUGCAACCUUACCGGGUAGACCCUCGAAAUCAAGUCCCAAACUCCAGGCCGAGAUUUUGUUGGACAGACUUGGACAUGGACCAUUUUGAGCGCCUUUCAGUCACGCAAAAAGAAGGAUACAAGGAUUUGGAGGUUGAAGGCCACUGGCCUAAAUGUGAACAAUGGCUCUCCCAUGGAUGGAGCCAAGCUGAUCCCAGCGUGGUCUAUCCCACCUUCAUGAAGGCGAUUCGCCGUUGUCGGCCACCACCCCGGCCUGCUGGUUUUGCAAGAACCCCAGAGCAGGCGCGGGAGAGGAAGUUGCUGAUCCAGAGCAAGAAGGGUGAAGUUCCAGCACUCAGAAGCAGUCGAAUGAAGCAGCCCUGGGCAGCUCCAUUCCGCGGGUAUUGGGACCUUUGGCUGGUGCAAGCCUUCGAGGGCUCUUGCGCGGGAAAGUGUGGUUCCUGGGCGGAGGAUUGCUGGUGCAAUGACCAAUGCGAGGAGAGGGGCAACUGCUGCGAUGAUUACAAGGAACAGUGUCAGCAACAGUGCGAGAAGUGUGGCAAAUAUACCUGCGACGAGUGGAUCGCAUGGGAUCCGGCGAAGAACAGCUGCGCCUCACUGAAGAAGGACUGGCUUUGCCAAUGCAAAGGCUGCCACUGUGGCGCAGACUUUGAUGCCAACCUCCAACUGUUCUCACCAAAGGACUACCCGGACGCCCAGUGCCUCGACGGGUCCAUGGCGGGCGUCUACAUCCGCAAAGGCAGCCACAAGCAGACACUCAUCUUCUUGGAGGGUGGUGGCUGGUGUUAUGACCCGAGCUGCCAGCCACAGGCUUCAGCGACCCUGCAGGACUGCCAAAAGCGCUCCUAUGGAAGACUGGGCUCCAGCAGCACGUGGGCGCAGACCAUGCCAGAGAGAUAUUUGCGCGGCAUGCUCAGCGCCAACGCCGAGGAAAAUCCAAUUUUUCACAACUGGACUUUGGUCUAUGUGCCCUACUGCGAUGGAGCCAGCUUUACGGGCGACCAAAUCGUCAGAUACGAAGGCAAAGAUCUGCAUUUCAAAGGUUCCAAGAUCCUGGAGGCGCUGCUGGACACGCUCCGCUGGACCGAGACGAAGCAGCUGGUGGUCUCCGGCGGCAGCGCUGGGGCCUUGGCGGUGCUCAUGCACAUCGACGAGAUUGCGGAGAAAGUGCAAAGGCCUGGCUUGGAGGUGCGGGCCAUUGCAGAUGCCGGCUUCUUCUUGGACCUGCGAAAUGUCCAGGGUGUGCGCUGUUGGCCGGAGCAAUUGAUUAGCCUCUUCAAUGUGUCCAGCGCCUGGAAGAGUAUCUCCUCCAGCUGUUUGAAGCAGUUCCAGCCAUCUGAGUGGUGGAUGUGCCUUUUCCCGCAGUACUUUGCGCACGGUAUCCAGACCAGGACCUUUUUGGUGAACAGCUUCUAUGACUCAUCAGAGAUCACUUACACUUUAGGACUGGACUGUUGCCCUGGCGGAUGUGCGCGACAGAAGACCUGUGGUGCGAAGGAGCUGCGCCUUUUCGAGCGGCUGCGGCUACAGCACAUGGGCGCCUGGAGUCGUAUGCUCCGCCAAGCUGCUGGUGGGCAUGGCUUGUGGGCGCCCAGUUGCAUUGAUCAUACGUUGACGUCCUACCACUGGUUGGACCCAGAUUGGAAGGACUUGUCGGCGCUGCAAAGCCUGGAGCUGGCGCAAACCAGUGACGCCGCUUGGACUGGACGUCAGUUGAAGGAAGCGAUCGAAGAAGCCACAGACUACCGGGAGUUGAUCGGCAGCCAGCAUUUGGCGAUUGGCACGCGCUUCCUCACCGAUGACGAGGUGAUCGGUGACUUAGAGAGCGCACCGUGUAUUACGUUAACACGCCGACCCGGCCUCAGCAAGCUACUGCAGCCACUGGAAGAGCUGCCCGAAAGUGUCACGGCCAAAUCCGUGGCAUUGGCCCUCAGGCAGUUCGAUCGGAGUCCGCUCAUCGUUUGGAUCAUCACCAAAGGCUUCAUCUUUGAUUGCAACCCAGAAGGCUCUGAUGGAUGGAAUGCCACCGACACCGUUGUCCACGAGAUCAUGGGUGAAUUAGCGCAAAAGUAUGGGGAUGAUGCCGAUGAGGAAGGGCCCGUGCUGGAACACAAGCACUUGAGCUUCGAGAUGUUGGAGGAUUUUGUGCCAUGGAAGAGUUUGUGCGACAUCACCCAAGCGGAUAUCGCCAUGGUGCUCGCCCUGCAGGCCAGCUACAUGUGGAUUGGCGAUGGCCAGAGCGCGGUUGGGGCGUUGCUGUUGUUGAAGGAUGGGCGAUAUUUAUGCCUUUGCGCUCACAUUGGGGAGGCAGUCGGCUCGUGUGAGUACGACAGCUUUGUCGGUUCCUACAUCAAAACAGCAGACUCUUUGGAGGAGCUACGGGCCCUCGUUCCCGCGGACUUUUGGGAGGCUUUGCAAAUGCCCAUCAGCGCAUGGCGCUCUCCGCCCAAGACUUCUCUGGGCACCGCUCUUCCGCCGGGUGGCGUGAACCUGCGCUUGGCCUUCCGCUCGCUGCCGCCCAACUUCGCGGUGGGCGGAGCCUUGAAGAAAUACGAGAUCAAUCACCACGCGUGGCAAGGCUUCGAAGGGGAUUGGUUUUGCCCUACACGGAAGCUCUCUCACCGAAUCAUCUUCGACUCUAAUGCCCUGGGGCCUGGAAGAACGCAGCCUUUCUACACCGCCCUCGAACACACGGCUGUUCUGUCCCAUUGCUGGCGCUCGGCCGUCAGAAGCGCUGUUGAAGAGCGGAAGGCGGGUGGCAGUUUCGUGGAAGCCAUGUCGGUCUUCCAAGAAAACCUGGCCAGAUUCCUUGAUGAGCAGAAGUACAUGUCGCGCUCGAUGUCUAAAAACGAGGCAGAGCUGCCUUUCAUGGAGGAAAUCUGGGCACGUGGCGAUGCGGUCAUCGAGCAGCUGCUGGGCAUGCUUGAUUCUUUGGACGAAGAGCCACAAGAGCCCAUGGACCGGACCUUGCUGCGAUUGCUUGGAGACUGGAUGGAGCGCGAAGAGCAACAAAUUCCAUUUUACUCUCGAGUCUUGAUGGAUGGAGCCUUGGUGGUCUACACAGAUCAAUGGAACAAGGAGUUUCUGAAGUCGACUGCGAGUGGAGUGACUGCGCCAGUCGACGGGUCUGCCGCUGACGCGUCGACGCAUGGCGGUGGCGAGAUCUCCUGA